AUGUCUAAGAUUUCUUCCUCUCAAGUUAGAGAACACGUCAGAGAAUUAUUGAAAUAUUCCACUGAAACUAAGAAGAGAAACUUCUUGGAAACUGUCGAAUUACAAGUUGGUCUAAAGAACUAUGACCCACAAAGAGACAAGCGUUUCUCUGGUUCUUUGAAGUUACCAAACUGUCCAAGACCAAACAUGUCUAUCUGUAUCUUUGGUGAUGCUUUCGAUGUCGACAGAGCUAAGUCCAUUGGUGUUGAUGCCAUGUCUGUUGAUGACUUGAAAAAGUUGAACAAGAAUAAGAAGUUAAUUAAGAAAUUAUCCAAGAAGUACAGUGCUUUCAUUGCUUCUGAAGUUUUAAUUAAGCAAGUUCCAAGACUUUUAGGUCCACAAUUAUCUAAGGCCGGUAAGUUCCCAACCCCAGUUUCCCACAAUGAUGAUUUACUUGGUAAGGUCACUGAUGUCAGAUCUACCAUCAAGUUCCAAUUGAAGAAGGUCCUAUGUUUAGCUGUCGCUGUUGGUAACGUUGAAAUGGAAGAAUCCGUUUUAGUUAACCAAAUUUUAAUGGCUGUUAACUUCUUAGUCUCUUUAUUAAAGAAGCACUGGCAAAACGUUGGUUCCUUAGUUAUUAAGUCUACUAUGGGUCCAGCUUUCAGAUUAUACUAA